GGCCGAUAAUUGUGUCGACGGUUUGCUGGGCCUCCCAUCCGCCUUCAUUCUUCCCCGAGCUUUGCCUCUGAUGCUGUAGCGCUACUGUUAACUCAACCCUCGACGCGGCGGCCGGCGGCGGCGCGCGCCUCUCCCCUCCGUCGGCGGCGGACGCGUCCAGACGGGUCGCGGCUCACCUAUGCGGCUUCCCUUCCUCCUCAGAGCGCUGCUGCCACACACCCGCAGCCCGUCGCCGCCACCGCAGCACCACGAACCGACCAUGGUCGCCGCCGCCGCCGCCUCCGCGUCCAAGGUCGAUUCAAUGAUGGACAGGGUGGCGCUCGAGUGCGGCGGCGACAUCUCCGCCUCCCAGGAGGAGAUCCUCGCCAACGCCCCCUUCCUCGGCGGCGACAACGGCCUCCCCGCCUCAGCCCCCGACGACGACGAGGAGGUCUUCUCCACCCCUCCGGAUGCCACCCAGCAGCAAGACGACACCGUCACCAUGUGCACCCUCCCCUUCACCCCGACUCCGUCCGAGACGCCCGCGCCUCCCUCCGACGAUGCCGAGGCGGUGCUCGCGCCUCCCUCCUCUAAGCCCCAGUCGCCUGCGCCUCCCUCUUCCAAGCCCCACUCGCCUGCGCCUGCCUCCUCCUCCGACGACGAUGCGGCGCCCGUCAAUCCGCGCCGCAAGCCUAGGAUUUGCACCAGGAAGGUCAGGGGCGCCAGGAUCCGUACCCCAACCCCGAGCCCCGAACAACAGCAACCAGAGCAACAGCCAGAGCCAGAGCAGCCGCCGCCGCAACCAGAGCAACCGGUCCAUGUCGAUCCUCUCGUCAGGGCGGUGCUCAUGAUCCCUACCAGAACCACCACUGCAGCUGGUACCGCUCCCGCCAGCAGCGGCAAGCAGGAUGCCGUGGAGGACUUCCUGGCGCUCGCCCGUCAGAAAGGGCUUAUCUAGCAGUCCCUGGCUGCCUGGGCAGCACGGGUGCACUCUUCACCUGGAUUGCCUUGGACUUUGUCACUGUAUGUUGUUGAAUCGACUAUUCUGGUAGGGCCUGCCUUUUAAAUGAUUACUAGGUAGAUAUAGCCAUGGGAAUGUUGACGUUGGUACUUAGUAGUAUCGUUUAAGGGAUUACACUCAUGUUAUCGGUGUGUCUUAUGCUUUGCAGUUUUGGUGUUCAGUGUCAUGGCCAAUCCAGCAAUGCUUAGGUAGAUGGUUUCCAAUAGAUUGCAGCAAUUUUUCCUGCAAAAAUGUUUAUAUAUACUACAGAAAUUUGGUACUUUUUGUUUAUAUAUAUCACGCUCCUUUCCUACUAGCAUUUCUGCUGUGUGCACAUAAAUAUGAGCUAUUUCAGCUUUCGAUGAAUGGCGCGUCUCCACAAGUACUUUGUUCACACACACCAUGGUUAGUGAUGUUUUUUUUUUUUGAAGCUUUCACCGGGGGGGGGAGGAUCCCCACCUGAUGGUUAGUGAUGUUUGUCUUGCUUCAAGAUGCACUCAAUUGCUAAAUGCUAACAUGCUUCCCAUGGAGUAAAAGUAAAAGUGGGAUGGGUCAACCCAGCAAACCCGCCUCCUGACCCACCAGAAAAAUCAUCUAAUCCCGCUUUGGCACGGCAGGAUCGGUGGCGUGGUCCAUAUAUCCCGACAUACCGCUGACUCGCUGAAUCAUGCAAGUAGACUGGUUGUAUGGAGCAAAUGGGGCUGUUGCAUGCAAUGAUGUGGGCACUCCAUUCUCUGCGAUUGGUUGCACAUGCAGAGAUACAACGAAUUAACCAACGGGACCCAUGGGACUAUGUGUCCCGCUAAUCACAUGUAGUCCUGGUGGCCAAGACUAGGCAGGAGACGGUCAUCCCAUACCCACGCCACCUGCAUCGUUACCAUGGAGCAUAAACCAGGCCCUGAUUCAAAUUGCUUUUUACAAGUAUUCACAAAACAAUCUCCACUGUGUUGUUUCUUGGUUAAAAAACGGAUAUAAAUUAUUUAUGAUGUUUAACUCGGCUUUUGGUUCUGCUAAUAUCAACAUUCACGUUAAAUUUUUUGAAAAACUUCUUUCUAUUGUAGAGGGUGCAUGGCUGGUUGUCUUUAGUUUUCACCAAUUUUACUAAAUUCGUUUGAUAGAUCAUUAAGAUGACCAUCAGUGCUUGUUGAUUAUUUGAGAAACCCAACAUUCAAAUAAAUGAACCUUGGAUACUUAUUCGCUCAUUGUCACAUUGCUUAUUUUCUCUUUGCUUGUUGUGUAUUCUUUCUUUCUGUCAUACGUGUAGUGUUUUUGGUGCACCAUGGUUAUAUUGAUGACAAAAAAAUUAUACAACUAACCUACACAACAGGGAUUAGAUAAUAGUUCUUGUUUUAGCUUGUUAGAUGAGUGAUCAACUUGGAUAUUGUUCUUUCAGGUGUUGUCAUCUUUGUUCUGGAUAUGUGGCAAUUGUCCAUGCAUGUUUUUUUUAGCUGACUGGUUAUCUUGUACGGAGUUUCUAUACUUCAUGCACCAUCAGAGAACUAGCUAACUUUUACUGAUUUUUUACUCGUUCUGCCUGUCAUUUUGUCAAAUUAAAGUACCCUUGAACAUGUGCUUUCCCCUUAGAUUGCUUUGCUUAGCACAAUCAGCUAUCAUUUAUUUAUCGUUUCUGGUGUGACAAUAGGGAGUUGCCUUGAAUUUUGGGGACACUGCUACAAUUAUCCGGAAGGCCGUGAAUGAGAAUAUUGGAACUCCAUGAAUGGAGACCGCUGCUUUUGUGCAAAUGUGCUGUCCACGUGUACUAUCAUUGCUGGUGCUUGUCUUGCUGCAAUCUGCACAGGAUUGCUAACAUACUUCCCAUGGGACAUCAACCAGGGCCUGAUUCAGAUUGCUGCUCUACAUGUAUUCACACGAUCUUUUUCUCCA